CGGCUGGCUCCUGCGUCUAGGUCGGCCACUGUGUGGAUCUGGUGAUAACCCCUUUCAUUGUCGGAUAAAGCUGUGCUAAAGUUGUACGAGUAAUCGAGAGUAGCUAUUGAUAUAGUUGUCCCAUUACCACUCACGUAUAAACACUCCUAUCGCUGCAUACGGUACCGUUAUGGCUGUGGAACAACUCAGGUCCUGGCAGCAUGAUAUUGCAGAGCGGUGCACUCACCUAACCGAAAGUAUUUUUGACAGAUACAUGGACGAGGACGAGGCCCUAGACACAACAGAUAUGAUGGAAAUACAAAACCAUGUGCAUCGCCUACGAGCCCUAGUUGAAUACAGCUUGCAGGAUCAGGUGCGAGCCAAAGUGUUACUGUCAGCGGUCCGUGACACUAAUCCCCACUUGUACAAGGACUUGUUGGACCUGGGACCAAGGGGGAAGACAGAACGAAAACUGACACAGUUCAAGUUAACCCAUGCAGCCGAGCGCGCGCUCGGCUCCACGCUGCCCACGUUCCAUCGUGCCGUCAGAGACGGCAGCUUCCUGGACAACAUCACGAGGGUCGAUGCGGCUGUCGACAUCAUGGUUCAGGAAGAGCUGAUCUUACCCGAUGAACAAUAUAUGCUAUAUCACAUAAAUAAAACCACCGCGGGGAAGGUGCGUGCGAUCAGAUGCCUCUUUAGAUGCCCUACGGUACCCGACGAGGCCAAGGCCAGCAUCGCGCUGAUUCUGGCCGUGUACAACUUACACGCCUUCGGUAUCUUCACCAACGACCCCGACGGUUUGUUGGAGACUGUGUAGAUUCCCUCAGUGGGGGCUUCGGUUGUGUAGCCAUGUGGUGUACCCAUUAUAUGUGUCUAUAAAGCAUGAUGUUUGAUUGCCUGUAUUUCACAAUAAACAAAACACCAUCAUAAAUCGCUG